AACACCAUAGCAAAGUCAAGUCUUUGUUCUUUAGUACUGAAUCCAAGUCGAAUGGCACAAAAUAGAAAAAUGCAAACCACCACAAAAAAUGUAGAUAGAAUUAUUAUGGUGGUAAUAAUCUACAAUUUGGUGAUCCUUUUGACGACUUUCAUAUCAGUAACAAAAGCAAUUGAGAUUUCAGGAAACUGCAGUAGCAGAUCAUGUUUAGGAACAAAAGUACAGUACCCUUUCGGAUUCUCCGAAAAUUGCGAGUUUCAGUUGGACUGCAAAUCCAACGGUAGAAUGUUUUUCAAAGGUUAUGAUAUACGAAGCAUAACAAGAUGGAAGUCCAUCAUACUCAAUUUCCCUCCAAAUUGCAGCCGUUCGAUAACUGAAAUCCGACAUCUUUUCGGGAAAAACUACGCUUUAACCAAUCUCAACGGUCUACUUUUACAGAACUGCGCCAAGCCUUUUAUAGGGUGCAUGAUUCCACCGAGCUUGUUGGAGAGCAGGCUCGCAUUUUGUGGUUCGAAGAGUGAGAACAUGAGCUGUUAUGAUUCGAAGAAUGGUACUUUAGAAGGUGAAAUUUUGAGGUACGAGGAUGUCACUGACAGUCGAUGUAAUUUAUUGUAUUCAUCGAUUGUUGUAGACAGUUUUGUCUCCGGAGGGAAUCCUGAUGAUACAUGGCUUGAGCUCGAGGCGGUUCAGGUCAGUUGGUGGAUUAAUGGGGAGUGCCGGUGUCAUGAAAAGGCUCGUUGUAUUCAAGUUGCCGGAGCUUCCGGUUUCCGGUGUCAGUGUGAUAAGGGUUUCAUUGGUGAUGGAUUUAUCGACGGUGAGGGUUGCCGUAACGAGAAAUAUUUUGGAAAUGAAGAAAGUUGUAGUGGGGAUAAGCUUCAUUUGCCAAAUUGCCAAACAAACAAGUCCAAAAGGCGGCAUAAAUUACGUUUUGUAGUCACCUUAAUCAUCGCGGUAGCUUCUUUGGUUGGUGUGGUACUUUCAUUAAUAUAUAUCCUAGUUCAAUUUAGGAAAAAACAGAACAAGAUAUCUCAAGGAUCAAUGUUAAACUUGAAGUUGCCCUUCUUAAAAGUAUCUUAUGACAUGCUUUUGAAAGCAACAGAGAGAUUUUCGAAAGAAAACUUAGUUGGUGCAGGUCAUUUUGGUUCGGUUUAUAAAGGAGUCCUUGAUCUCGAACACAAUAAGAAGGUGAUUGUAGCUGUGAAAGUCAUCAGCCUUGAUCUCAAAGGAGCAACAAAGAGCUUCAUGGCAGAGUGUGAAGUAUUAAGAAAUAUUCGUCACAGGAACCUUUUAAGGAUCAUUACUGCUUGCUCGAGUACUGACUUUCGAGGCAAUGAUUUUAAGGCGUUAGUUUACGAGUUCAUGCCAAAUGGAAAUCUUCAACAAUGGAUUCACAACAAUCAACAUACUGAGAAUAUCUUAAGCCUCGUUCAAAGAGUAAGCAUUGCGAUUGAUGUAGCAUGUGCACUGGAUUAUUUGCACAACUAUUGUGACAUUCCGAUAAUUCAUUGCGACCUCAAACCAGCCAACAUUCUACUCGACAAUGACAUGGUUGCUAAUGUUGGAGACUUUGGGUUAGCUAGAUUUCAUUCACAAUCAAGUUCACGUAUUACUAGUUCAGUCGCGGUUAAGGGGACUGUUGGAUAUGCUGCUCCCGAGUAUGGCCUAGGAAGCAGAGUGUCUAAGGAAGGUGACAUGUAUAGUUUCGGCAUUGUGUUGAUAGAAAUGAUGAUAGCACAAUCUCCCACUUCCUCCAUGUUCGAGGAGGGUUUAGACCUUCACAAGUAUGCAAAGAAAGCAUUAUCGACAGACCGAUUGUCCAGGGUAGUUGACCCUAGGCUUCUAGAUGAUAGUGAUGGUGCAGGAAAUGGGAAUCAAGAUAUAAUUUCGGCAACUAAUGUCUGUAGAAUGAAGUGCAUAAAAUCACUAAUGCAAUUAGGAGUAAAAUGUUCAGUGGAUUCACCACAAAAACGAAUAAAAAUCGAAGAUGCCAUCAAAGAGCUACAAGUAACAAAGGAUACUUUUCUUGAAGAGUUGCGCAUCAUCAACCGAUACAUGUAUUAAAGUUUUGGAAAUUUGUUAGACACUACUGCAGUAUCGAUCUGAUUGAUUGAGAAUAAUUAUUUUCUAUAUGUAUGAGUAUAUACUAGUAUUUAAUUUCAAGUUUGUAUUUUAUUGCCUAGUAUGUAUAAAAGAAGGCAAAUGUAAGAUUUUAGAUUAGCCAAUUAUAAGUGAUCAAUGAUAAGUCGGCUAUUGUUAGUAAUUCAUCAGCUUCCUACAAUAUUUUGAUACAGUAUUAGUACUCUGAUCUACUUAUUCUU